UCAGCCAACAUUUUCAUAUAUAUGCAUCCACCAAAAAGUAUCAAUUGAUAUUUAGAUUUGUAUCAAAGAAACAUCUAAUACUAUCAAAUUGAAAUUCCAUGGCUCUACAGGCUGCUGCCAUUCUCCCCUCUGCAUUUGCCAUUCAAAAAGAGGGAAAAAAUAGUGCAUCUUUCAAGGACUCUAACCUCUUUGGAAUUUCAAUCUCAGACCAUGUCAAGGCUGACAAGAGAGAAUUCAUUUCUAGGAAGUUGUCCGUCGGGGCUAUCAGAGCUGAGGCAGUGGCUACCUCUCCAGUUUUCACCCCUGCGACAGUUCAAAAGAAGAAAACACUAAGAAAGGGCACUGUGGUGAUCACUGGAGCCUCCUCCGGAUUAGGCCUGGCGACGGCAAAAGCUCUGGCUGAAACCGGAAAAUGGCACGUAAUUAUGGCGUGCAGGGACUUCCUCAAGGCUGAGAGGGCAGCAAAGUCAGUUGGAAUGUCUAAGGAAAAUUACACAAUUAUGCAUUUAGACCUUGCUUCCUUUGACAGUGUGAGGCAGUUUGUCGAAAACUUCAAGCAAUCUAGCCGACCCCUCGACGUCUUGGUCUGCAAUGCUGCUGUCUAUCAGCCAACUGCUAGGGAACCUUCAUUCACAGCUGAUGGGUUUGAGCUCAGUGUUGGGACUAACCAUCUUGGUCAUUUUCUUCUUUCAAGAUUGUUGCUCGAUGACAUGAAGCAGUCUGAUUAUCCAUCGAAGAGACUCAUAAUUGUUGGCUCAAUUACAGGGAAUACAAAUACACUGGCUGGAAACGUACCUCCAAAGGCGAAUCUUGGGGAUUUGAGGGGCCUCCAAGGGGGAUUGAAUGGAUUAAACACCUCGUCCAUGAUUGACGGUGGAGAUUUCGAUGGAGCAAAGGCGUACAAGGAUAGCAAGGUGUGCAAUAUGCUAACAAUGCAAGAGUUUCACCGUCGUUACCAUGAAGAAACUGGGAUCACAUUUGCUUCCCUGUACCCCGGUUGCAUUGCCACAACAGGCCUGUUUAGGGAGCACAUCCCCUUGUUUAGGCUUCUUUUCCCUCCAUUUCAAAAGUUCAUCACCAAGGGGUUCGUCUCAGAGGAAGAAGCCGGAAACAGGCUUGCACAGGUUGUAAGUGAUCCAAGUUUAACAAAGUCAGGAGUUUACUGGAGUUGGAACAAGGAUUCGGCUUCAUUCGAGAACCAGUUGUCUCAAGAAGCCAGUAAUGCCGAUAAAGCUCGUAAAGUAUGGGAAAUCAGUGAGAAACUAGUUGGCUUGGCUUGAAGGGUAAUCCUCAGUCACUUCGUUCACUAAUCAUUGGUGCCAUAGGCGAAGAUUUUGGUUUGAAUGCUUGCAGUUGUAAUGGAAAAAGAAAACUCAACUUGUGACAUUAAAGUUUGAAUCAAUAAUAAAAUCACUAAUCUUUCUCU